AUGACUCACCUGUCCUACCUGCCUGGGACGCCGCUGGGACUCCGGGUCUAAGAAGAGUCCAUUCCGCCUCCUACAGCAGCAGCCAUGGCCGAGUCGCAGCUCCUGUGCAUGGACGACAGUCCGGCCGUGUUCGAGAAGGUCCCCGAGAGCAAAGCGAGAUUCUACUACAGCGAGCCGCAGCGCCUGGCGCUCGAGAAGCUCCUCGCGCAGGAUGAAAGAGCCUACAGAGCCGCUCUCGAGGGCGAGCACGCGCAGGAGUUCCUCUCCGUGGGGGAGAUCGGCUGGAUCCGAAACACCUUCCGCCCGUACGACUUCGGCAAGGAGCCCAAGAAGAAGGACAAGAAGGACAAGGAGCGCAAGAAGGAGGACAAGAAGAAGGAAGCCGCGUCGCAGUCGGAAGCGAACUCGGGGCCCCGCUCCACGUACUGGCCCCAGAUGUCGGACACCGAGGUGCCCACGCUGGACCUGGGCUGGGCGGAGGGCGCGCGCUACAAAGGCGCCACGCGCGUCAUGGUGUACACGCACCCACCCAAGGAGAGUGAGCCGGUCCUCAUCAGGGAGGCAGCGCGCAAGCUGAUCCAGGAGUCCCGCAAAGUGCUGGCGGUAGUGAUGGACCUCCUCACCGACCUCCAGGUCCUGAAAGAUUUUCUGGAUGCAGCAUCUAAGCGUAGCGUUCCUGUCUACAUAGUGCUGGAUGCCCAGGGUGUGCCCUCCUUCCUAAACAUGUGCAAACAGCUGGAGGUCAGCUCCAUUCACCUGCGGAACCUUCGAGUGAGAAGCCUGGAGGGCUGGGGUAUGGCUCUGACCCAGGGGAAAAUCCCUGGCUCCCUGUGCAACAGAUACAUGCUGGUGGAUGGAGAAAAAGUGAUGUUUGGGACCUACAGUUUUACGUGGAGUUCUUCACGAUUGAACAGGACCAUGAUGACCGUGAUGACGGGUCAGAUUGUGGACUUCUAUGACCAAGAUUUCAGGGAGCUUUACGCAGUCUCAGAUGAGGUGGAUCUAUACAAACAGUUCCAAAUUCCAAAGCAGUCUGCAACCCUUGCAGCCAGACCCACUUUGAAUUCCAGACCGCCCUCUAUUUACUCAACCACGCGCUUUCAGGUGAGCCUGGGAGAUCAGGCAAACCCCCGUGUGCCAGCACACAAGUACUACAGCCCAAAGUAUGCCCUGAUGUUGGAGGGUUUGCAACCGAAGAAGGAAGUAUCCAAGAAUGAAGAACCAAUGGGUGGAGGUGGUGGCAACUUGGUCAUGCAGAAGUUUCUUCAGGCCAACCACGAAGAGGCCGAAGAGGUAGAGGAGAUUACAGUGAUGCCUGACCCCUCCAUUGUAGAUGAGGACCAGGGCGACACUGCGUCCAAGAAGUCUAAACGGUCUGGUGGCAAGAAAGGCCGCAGUUCCCUAAGAGAGACCUUAAGCAGAAACGUGGGAAAGAAUAAAAAGGCUAACAUGGUAGAUGGGACUGCCCCUGCAACAAAAGGACUAGUUCCAGAGCAACCAGCACAAGAAGACAGACGAGGUUCAAAGAAUGGAAAGAGGUCAAAGAAGAGCUGCACUGUGUCUUGAGAAAACAAGCAGAUGAACUGAUGGUCUUUUGUAUUCCUUUUGAUAGGCAUUAUAAUUGCAUUUUACUGUGUCACUCAGGGCUCUGUGUGCCUUUAAUUUCUUUAAACACUUCACAAGUACCUGUGAGUAUGGCGAGGUUCAUUGAGCAGGGGUAAGAGGGUCCUGUGCAAAGUUGGAUAAGUUUAUUAGCUUAUACAUGUGUUUAACAAGUUGAAACUAAGGACAGUGGUGGGAUUAAACGUAAGAGGUGGUUAAUGUAAACAGUAGGACACAUUCACGUGAAAAGGGACCCCUAACUGAUGUCAAACAAUCUGUAGCCUUUUUUUGUUAGGUCACAUGAAUACUGUGAACUGCACAUUGGGAACAUUAAUUCCUUUACCUAGUGACAUCAUUCCUGAUGUACAGUCAGAGUUUAUUUUGACUGUCGGGCUAAUGAUAUUAAGAAUUGUCAAAUCAGUGGCCAGCUAGCUGAGACAUGUUUGUGUGAUGAAUCUUCUUUAAGCCAAAACCAAAGACUUUAAACAAUGAUCUAAAAUGUUAUACAUUUCCCUACUAAAAAAAAAAAAAAACCUGCUGGAUCAUCUUAUCUAAAUUGAGGUUUGCUCAGCUGUAUUUUGACAAACUGAAAUCACUUGGGCAAUAUUUUCAGUAGCUGCUAAGACCUUUAUUUUAUUUAUUUUUAUAGAGCGCUCUUCUGACACAGUAACACAGCGCUUUAAC